UAAAUAAGACAGUAAAAUAAAAAGCGUAAAGGCGGAGUGAUCCAAAAGCGAAAAGUCACAAGAAGAAGAAGAAGAAGCUGGUCGACAACACUAGCUGGACAUUAACACAAGCACUGUCACUAUUCCAUAUCUCACCGUACUCUGGCUAAUUUUCAGUGACUGAGAAUGAGUGUUAGUCGGCACAAGGAUGAGUAUGAGAACUUUGAGGGCAGAGGGGAUGGGGAAUCAGCCUCCCAUGCAAGCCCCCCCUUCCCGCCUGACUCCCUGGACCCGGGCGCCCACAUUGAGAUGUCUGCUGCUAUGCCGGGAGUCGUGCCUGACGACACCUUCACAGUUGACCAGGCUGUUAAUACCCUUGGCUUUGGAAAAUUCCAGGUUAAGUUGUCCCUCAUCACUGGCCUGUGCUGGAUGGCCGACUCCAUGGAGAUGAUGAUCUUGGCCAUUCUGGGGCCGGCACUGCACUGUGACUGGCACCUCUCAGAGUGGCGACAGGCCUUCCUCACCACCGCUGUCUUUAUUGGUAUGAUGCUAAGCUCUGCCUUUUGGGGCCAUCUGUCUGACAAAUAUGGGAGGAAGCGCUCCCUGAGGCUGUCAGCGAUAAUGCUAGCCUACUGGGGCCUCCUGAGUGCUUUUGCCCCAACCUACAGCUGGAUUGUGCUGCUGCGAGGGCUUGUGGGCUUUGCCAUUGGCUGCGUCCCUCAGUCUGUUACAUUGUAUGCCGAGUUUCUUCCUACACACCAGAGGGGCAAGUGUGUCGUUCUUCUCGAUUGUUUCUGGGCGAUGGGAGCCUGUGCUGAGGUGAUCCUGGCACUCUGGGUCAUGCCGGACUUGGGUUGGAAUGGCUUGCUGGCACUCUCCAUCAUCCCACUUGUUCUCUUUAUCAUCGUGUGUGAAUGGCUUCCUGAGAGUGCUCGCUUUGAUGCUACCUCUGGGGACUCUGAAAAGGCACUGGCAACCCUGAAGAAGAUAGCAGAGGAAAACGGCAAGCCAAUGUUGCUCGGCCGCCUCAUUGUGGAUGAUGUGGCACAGAUGAACCGUGGCCGCAUCAAAGAUCUACUGGUACAGGAUCUCAAGUGGACCACCCUCCUCCUCUGGUUCAUCUGGGCCUCAUGUGCCUUCUGCUACUACGGAGUCGUUCUAAUGACUACCGAGCUAUUUGAGGCACCAGAGGGCAGCCUUUGCUCAUUGUCCGGAACAGAUGAAUCCUACACCUGCACCGCCAACUGCAGGCCACUUAGCUCCCAAGAUUACCUGGACCUUCUCUGGACAACCCUGGCAGAGUUCCCAGGGAUCUUCUUCACCAUCCUGGUCAUUGAGCGUUUAGGCAGAAAAACAACAAUAGCACUUGAGUUUGUGGUGUUUGUUGUUUCCAUCAUCUUCCUCUUCAUUUGUACUUCAAGCCGUGGCUGGCUGACCUUCAUUCUGUUUGUGGCGCGCGGCAUCAUCUCGGGAGUCUUCCAAGCAGCAUAUGUCUACACUCCUGAAGUGUACCCUACAUCCCUGCGAGCAGUGGGUGUUGGUACGUGCUCUGGAAUGGCUCGGUUUGGUGCCAUGCUCACCCCUGUUGUGGCACAGGUCCUCACACGCACCUCUAUACACUUGGCCACAGCAACUUAUGGCAUUGUGGCAAUCCUGGCCAUCGCCGCAGCCCUGAUGCUACCCAUUGAAACCCGCGGCAGAGCAAUGAACUAAAGAUGAUGAUGAGGUGAAGUCUAAAUUAUUGACAGUUGUGUGUUACAUGUUAGACUGUUACAUCUAUUUGAAUUUUAAUUGAUCAAGUAACAUUAGAGAAUACCUGUUAAGAUAAAAUCCUUGUUAUACAAAAUGCCUCAUGUUGUUACAUUUUUAAGAAUAAUAGUUUAAUUUUAAAUAAAUGGGUGCUUAUCAUUAAUUCUAUCACUGUUGAAAUUAGUUAAACAAAAGCAGGAAUAUCAAAUUCACCCCUAUUAUUUUAAUUUGUACAUAGAUUUUUAUUUACGUAUAUAUCCUGUGCUAGUGUGAACUUGUAGUUUGCUUUUAGUGUUAGAUUUCAAAACCUGUGGUACUUCCUGGUGCUCUUAAGUAACUUAAGUUACAAAUUUAGAAUUUGUAAGUAACCUGAAUCAUCUCAAACCAAAUAGUGAUACAGAUCAGGACUGUUGAGAGGUGUGGCUGCAUGCUGUAGUUAAAAAAAUCUGUAGUAAAGGAUUAUAUAUGAGAUAAUUUAUUUAUAUUUAUGAUGGUAAUUAUGCAUAAAAAUAUAGUUAAAUGUAGUUAAUUAUGCAUAAAAAAUGUAGUAUGUACUUGCCUAGCUUUCUCAGGAGUCUGUCCACAGGGUUUGGCCAAUGAUACUAGACAUUAUUAUGUCUUCCUUCACUGCUGUCAUCAUUUUAGUUGUAAGCCACAUGUGUACAUGUGCAUAUGGCUGACUAUUCAGUUAAUAUAUACAAAGCUUUUCAAGGCAUACAUGACAAAGUAGUUUGACUUUGAUUUUUGGGAAACGGAUUCUUAGAGAGCAAACUUUUGUGUUCAACAAGAAAUGCACUGUUUUGUAUAAAAAUUGUUUGUUUUUAAAGUAUUCUAUGUUUGCCUUAGUUUCAAAGAAGCUUGUUUGACAUCAGCAUAUUAAAGGUUGUUUCACAAUACUC